UCACUGGGUCCCGGCUGGAUAUUCCCCGCCGGCACCUGGUGAUCGCCAAGGAACACUGACAGGGGAGAGGUCUGUAUGAUUCUGCUUUGUAUUGCUCUGCACAGCAGUGCAAUACAAAGCAGCGUGCUUACACAGUAAAACACACACAGGCCACAUAGUAAAUACAACACAGGACAUGGUCAACCCUUGCCCCAGAUGUUAACCGCUUCCUGCCUAGUGUCAUUAGUACAGUGUCAGUGCUUUUUAUUAGCACUGAUCACUGUAUUAGUGUCAUUGGGAUGUCAGUGGCAGUUAGUUAGUUCCCCCCCAGUAUCAGAAUGCCUGCUACAGUCCCGCUAU